AUGCCACCCCCCUCUGUUGUCAAGUCGCAGUCCAAGCUGGCCGACUCAGCCGCUGAAAAGACCAUUCUCAAAGCCUCGUGCCUCUGCGGUGCGCCCAACCAUGAGGUCACCCUGUCUACGAGUGACUUGCCGCUGAAAGGCUACAUGUGCCAUUGCACUUCAUGUAGACGCAUGACUGGGGCCCAAUGUCUUACUGUCGUCUUCUGCCCCGAAUACUACCAGCCAGCUCAAUCUGUGCUAGACAAGAUGACUGCCUACGUCUUCACGAAGCGAAUCACCCAGUACUUCUGCACGACCUGCGGUUGUCAGAUGCUUGCCCGCUGCUUGGAAGAUGGCGACGAUCCAAACAGCACUGUGACGUGGGAUGUGGCUACAGGGACUCUGGAGCGCAUUGAAGACAUCGUGGACUGGCAGGGCCACGAACAUUUGCAGGAUACGCUGGACGGCGGGUUCGCAGAUUUCCUCACCGAAAUCAAUGGCAAGAAGCUCGAGCGAUGGCCUGCUCACUAUGGAAAGCACGAGCAAGUGCCGCCAGGCUGGACCUCAACGUCGAGGUCGGAAGUCGAGGCAUCUCCCAGCGACAAACUCCACUGCACAUGCAGAUGUGGAGGCGUCGAGUUCUAUGUGACCCGUCCCAGCGCAAGAUCAGCUCUUGCCGAGAAAUACUGGCCUGAGUCGCCGCCUCUCGACAUCUCGAACGAGCAGCUUCCACCAGAAAGCGAAACGUUCUACAUGCGAGACAAUCGCACAAAGUUCCUGGCUGGCCUCUGUUCGUGCAACUCCUGCCGUCUGGCCGCUGGAGUUGAGAUCACAACGUGGGCAUUCAUCCCGGCUUUCCAAAUCACACAAGACAAAGAAGGCAAGAUUCCCUGGUCUGGAGACUUUGGCACGCUGCGGAAGUACGAGUCUUCGCCGGGGUGUUACCGAUACUUCUGCUCAAGAUGCGGUGCGAUUGUGUUCUAUGACGCCGACGGCCGAGAGUUCCUCAAAGACGUUGCUGUCGGGUUGGUAGAUGCACCAGAGGGUUCCAGAGCCGAGAGCUGGUUUGGCUGGCGAACAAGGCGUCUGGGUUACAGGGACGACGACAUUCCCCGAGCAGAGAGCUUUGUGCUUGCUAUCGAAAAGGGCUUGCGAGAGUGGGAAGCCUCGCGACCAGGUGCCGAUCUUAGCGGAGGAUCAAGGUCAGGCGGUGCGCUAUGA